AUGUCGACCACAUCAGACUCACGGACCCUCAAAAAGGUCUCGAGCGCCGACAACGGUCACGGCGAGCACGUCGAGGACUUCAUCGAGGCGGCCGACAUCAGCCUCUCGCCCGCCGAGGAUGUCUCAUACGGCCGGGGCGGCGUCCGCGGCCUCUUCGACUCGCCCUUUGUCGGCGGUGCCGCCCUGCUGGCCUCCCUCGGCGGUUUCUCCUUUGGCUACGACCAGGGCGUCAUCUCCAUCAUCAAUGUCAUGAAGCAGUUCCACGAGGUCUUCCCCGACGCCGCCACACCCUUUGGCAAGGGCUUCAUGACUGGUAUGCUCGAGUUUGGCGCUUUCCUUGGUUGUCUGUUCAUGCCCACCCUCGCCGAUAAGAUUUCGCGAAAGCGGGCGUUGACGGUUGUCGUUGCCAUUUUCAACAUUGGUGCUAUUAUGCAGACUGCUGCUCCGUCAUAUGGUGUACUGGUUGCUGGUAGAACAAUUGGUGGUAUCGGUGUUGGAACUCUGGCCAUGGGCUCGCCAAUUUACAUUUCAGAAAUCGCACCGCCAAACCUUCGAGGAACCCUCCUAGUCCUCGAAUCCAUCUCCAUCGUCACCGGCGUCGUCAUCUCCUUCUUCAUCACCUACGGCACGCGACACAUGGCCGGCGAGGUCUCGUUCCGACUGCCCCUGGGCCUGCAGAUGGUCUGCUCCACGCUCCUCGGCAUCGGCAUCAACUUCUACCCGUACUCGCCGCGCUGGCUCGCCCUCGUCAACAGGCCGCAGGAGGCCCUCGACUCGCUCGUGCGCCUGCGCCGCCUCCCCGCCGACGACCACCGCGUGCAGGCCGAGCACCGCGGCAUCAUCUCCGAGGUCGAGGUGCAGAAGAUCGUGCAGGAGCGCAACCACCCGGGUAAGGGGUUCUGGGCGCUCGAGUUCCUCGGCUGGCGCGACCUCUUCAGCAGGAAGCUCUGGCGCCGCACCGCCGUCGCCGUCGGCAUCGCCUUCUUCCAGCAGUUCUCCGGCAUCAACGCCUUCAUCUACUACGCGCCCACGCUCUUCCAGUCCCUCGGCCAGUCCGAGGAGAUGGCCCUCAUCAUGUCCGGCGUCUUCAACAUCCUGCAGCUCGUCGCCGUCGCCGCGUGCUUCUUCAUCAUCGACAAGGUCGGACGCCGGCCCCUCGCCAUCUUCGGCGGCCUCGGCGGCGGCACCGCCUGGGCCAUCAUGGCCAUCCUCACGGGCGUCUACUCCAAGAACUGGGCCGCCAACCCGGCCGCCGGCUGGGGCGCCGUCGCCAUGGCCUUCGUCUUCGUCCUGCUCUACGGCAUCUCCUACUCGCCGCUCGGCUGGAUCCUCGCCGCCGAGGUGUACCCCAACUCGCACCGCUCCAAGGGCGUCGCCCUCGGCACGGCGACCGUCUGGCUGUGCAACUUCAUCGUCGGCGUCGCGACCCCGCCCAUGAUGGACCAGCUCGGCUUCGGCACCUACGUCUUCUUCGGCGCCUGGUGCUUCAUCGCCUCCGUCUGGGCCUUUUACCUCGUCCCGGAGACCAAGGGCAAGACCCUCGAGCAGAUGGACGAGGUCUUCAAGGACACCUCGGCGCAGGAGGAGAAGGAGAUUAUCAGGCAGCAGAUUGCGGCCUCCCGCGGGCAAUCCCUCGGCGGAGCUACCAUGGAGACCACCAAGCUUUCUGUUUAG